CCUCUCUUUGGUUUAGUAGGAAGUGCAGCCUCCCUUUCAGAACAGAAAAAACGGCGGUGUGGUGAACUUCGCUGAGCCCCGGCUUUGGCAGACACUUCCUAGUGUUCUCUCUCUCUCUCUCUCUCUCUCUCUCCGGCAACAUGUGUACUGGGAAAUGCUCGAGCUGCAUCGCCUCCACUUUAUACCCGCUGGCGGUUAUAUCCAUCAUCUGUAACAUUGUGCUCUUCUUCCCUGAUGGGGACGUCAAGUAUGCCCAGGAUGGACACAUCACGGAGGAGGUGAAAUACAUGGGCGGCCUGGUCGGGGGAGGCAUACUGGUUCUGCUGCCGGCCCUGUACAUCCACCUGACAGGAAAGCAGGGAUGCUGUGGAAACCGCUGUGGGAUGCUGCUGUCCAUUCUGUUUGCUGCAGUGGGUGUGGCCGGCGCUCUGUACAGCCUGAUCGUGGCAGCAGUGGCCUUGAAAAACGGCCCCCUGUGCAAAGUGCUGCUGGUGUGGACCACGCCUUUCAAAGACAGAGACAGCAGCUACCUGAACGACAAAACGUGGUGGCCGACGUGCACGGCGCCCAACAACAUCGUGGAGUUCCACAUCGGGCUGUUCGCCACCCUGCUGGCCGUCAGCGGCCUGCAGGUCAUCCUGUGCGCCACUCAGAUGAUCAACGGCCUCUUUGGAUGUCUGUGCGGGACGUGCAACAAGAAGGAGGUCCUGUGAGUUUCUGAGGUAUACAGCGCUCCCUGCUGGAAGACUGAGGAUACUGUUUCUGUCCACUUUAAAUUUACCAAACAUUUUUAUACCUUUUUUUUUUUUUACCAUCACAGUAAUCACAAAAGCUCUAGAAAGACAGAUUAUUUUAUAACUGUUGCCAAGUAGAUUUUCAGUUUUAAACACAGCAGCUGGAUUUGUACUUUGUAUAAUUGUAAUAUUUUUUUUUUGUGUUUUAGUCAAUGUCACUGCGUCUGUAAAAAAAUAAAGUCCAGACUCAAGCUGU